AUGGGACAUGCUGCAGACUCCUCCUUGGAGGAGAAAGACGCACACGACCUCGAAAAGGGGCCAGCGGCCACACCUCUCUCAUCCGAGGUAGAAGAUAAUGGCUCCCAGCCUACAUCUGGCUCAUCUUCUGACCAUGAAACCAACGAUAUCUCACAAAUCUCCAAAGUACCUACCAAUCGCAUAGAAAAAAUCGGCGUUCUCGAGAAAACCCUCUCGCUCGUACGAACACGAGAGUCCGGCAUCGAUCCUGGCCCUCCCCCAGAUGGCGGCUACCAGGCCUGGCUCCAAGUCGCUCUUGCCCAUCUUGUAAUCUUCAAUACAUGGGGGUACAUCAACGGAUUCGGGGUCUUCCAGUCAUAUUACACAGAGGCCUUGCAUCGCUCGCCCUCUGAUAUCUCCUGGAUAGGCGGCACACAGAUUUUUCUUCUUUUCUUCAUUGGGACAUUCUCUGGUCGAGCGACAGAUGCAGGGUACUUCAAGGCCAUCUGGUCCACUGGCGCUCUAAUAAUCAUCUUUGCAAUCUUCAUGACUUCUCUUUGCACAACGUACUGGCAAACCUUUCUUGCCCAGGGCAUUUGCAUGGGUAUAGGCAGCGGUCUCGUCUUUUGCCCUACCGUCGCCCUCCUAACAACUUACUUCGCCUCUCGUCGGUCCCUAGCAAUUGCUAUCACUGCAUCCGGGAGCGCAACUGGAGGUAUGGUCUUCCCUGUCGUUGUGCAGCAGCUGCUCCCAAAAAUCGGGUUCGGAUGGACGAUGCGGGUCAUCGGCCUCAUAACUGCUGUAACAUUGGCUCCUGGCUUUUUCUUCCUUCGUCAACGCAUCCCGCCCCGUCGUACUGGCCCUUUCUUUGAACUCGAGGCUUUCCGCGAACCUACGUACUCACUGUACGCAAUUGGCAUGUUCCUCAACUUCUGGGCAUUGUACAUCGCCUUCUUCUAUAUCGGCAGUUUCAGCCGCAAUGUGAUUGGCUUAUCGGAGUCCAACUCCAUAAACCUGAUUCUGAUAAUCAACGCGGUGGGGAUAAUAGGUCGACUGAUACCGUGUUAUAUUUCAGACUGGAGGUCUGGUCCGUUCAACGCCCUUGUUCCAUGCAUGGUUGUCGCAGCAAUAGCAUUAUUUGCGUGGAUAGGCGUGAGGGGAGAACCCAGCUUAUACGCCUUUUCCAUCAUUUAUGGGUUCUUCGCAGCGGGUAUACAGGCGUUGUUCCCCUCUGCCCUAUCAAGUCUCACAACCGAUCUGAAGAAAAGCGGCAUCAGGUUUGGGAUGACACUGAGCAUCGUCAGCUUUUCAUCUUUGACCGGCUCAUCCAUCGCAGGCGCGUUGAUAGAGUUGAGAGGCGGCGACUAUCUGUACGCGCAGCUCUUUGCAGGUGUAUCCAUGACCCUUGGCUUGGCUAUCUUGAUCCUAUCCCGGUCGAAGGCUGUUGGAUGGAAUCUCAUGGUAAGAGUAUGA